GAGGGCGAGGGAGCGGGAGCUACUCACUCCUCCCCUGGUGCCGCCACCUGCAAGCCCCCUACAGGCCUACAGGACUCCAUGGAGACAAUAGACAGCGACGGUAGCUGGGAUACAAAACGAAGGAAUCGUGAGGAGAUUAAGCUUCAACCAUACGCUUGCAAGGAGGGCGUCGAGUUGUUCAGCUGUCCCAUCUGCUCUAUGGCAGAGAUUGCUACCAGAGCACAAUUAACCAGUCACUUGCAACAGCACCAAACCAAUUUGAAACGCGGCGAUGGCAAGCACGUUUGCUGUUUCUGCUCCUGUGAACUGAGCUCCAACAGUUCGCUGGAGCGUCACCUCUUGACCCAUACGAGAUUCGAGAGUGGCCAAAAUGAUAACAUGCUGCACAGAGAGGUGGUCAAUAUGCUGCCCAUGUUUUCACCGGAACUGACUCGCGCAAGUGCCCUGGGCAAAUGCACUGGGGGUCGACUGGCAAGUGAAAAAGCCGGUUUUGUUGCUAAUAACGGCCCAUUAUCACAGCCCUUCGACAUGAGCACCUGGGCUGAGACCAACAGUAAAACGGCGCUAAGUGAAGAAAUCUUUCGCAAUCUUGUCGGCAGUUACUCCGCGGCUCUGCAAGUUCCACCUCUGUCACGUAAUCCAAACGUCCAGAUGAAUGGUAUUGAGUGGGACCAGAUGACAGAGACAGCCUUCCAGUCAGCAACCAGCUGGAUAUCUCAGGCUCUGAAGAUGUUCGGCGCUACCCCCACCACUGUUCCGGGCCCUAUGAGUACUCAGGACAGUCUUGUGGACAAUGGUACUCCAAGGGAGCAGAAGACCAAGGAAACUGAAAACGUGGCUGCCGACACUACCAAAGAGGAUGAACAAACAGGAGCUCACCGGACGGAAACCCAAGUUAUGGAAUCAGAGAGACUACGUGCUAGCCGGAAAUCAAACAAUCUGCGAGUGAAUUCCUCUCGUCUCCUGCGUUAUGGAGCCAACACAAUCGUUUGGGCACGCAAAUUUCAAACACAAACGCAAAAAAGUCAGCGAAGAGGUGGUCAAGAAGAUGGCGCUCCAACACUACAAAAAGCUGCCUUCGAAGACAAGAAACCCAGGAAAUCUAAUUCAGAAGAAGUUUGUAGCGAAAUCAAAUGCCAGAACCAGCCGUCAGCAGCAGCCGAAGAAAGAAGCAAAUGA